AUGGCAUCUGGCGAUUCACCUUUGUUACUAUUACUAAGAAUUAGAAUGAUUUACAGCAAUACUAAAACGCUCAGUGUACCGAGUCCAUCUACAACGCCGCAAUCAUCACCAUCACCGCGGCCUAUAUUAAAACGAACAAUGAAGAUUAACUACUACGCGGAUGAGAUAGAGGGAUUAGAAAGGAAAAGA